AUGUCAUCACUUAUCAUCAUAGCAUUGGUCAUGAUCGGAUUCUCGUUCUUCAAGCCGCUCUUGCAAGAGAAGGAGGCCAAGGUGGUCAUUGCCGUCAUUGCCCAUCGGGUUCUCCCCGGUGUGGCUUUUCCUUUUGCGAUGACCAUGGGAGACACUUGGCCCGACGUAGGAAUGGUAUUGGUCCGGUUGCACACGAUCCGCACAUGCACCGUCCUCGUUAUCAUAGGGAGAUCUCAUUCGUUGUUGAGUAAGGCCGCCAAGACAGAUGAGAAGGCGGUGACGUUGUUGGCGAAGAUUAAAAGAUUUGCCUGGCUGUACGUCUUGGAAAUGGGUUAUUUGUAUGAAGUAGCGGUGUUUACGCACCUUUUGAGGAUGGUCAUGGCAUAUGAGUACAGUUGGGUGAGCAAUGCGAUGGAGGAGGGUGCGAAUCUAUCAAUUUUCGUGGCGGCGCUUUGUAUGUUUAGGCCUAUCAAUGAGUACACCAUGCUUGACGCACAUGAUGACAAGGAAGAGACAAUGUGGUAA